ACUCAUACAUAUUGUGCCUGGGGCACUUGUUGGACGGGCCGUGUUUUAGCCCAAAAUCUUGCCACGUCAAAGUGUUUUGCGGUCCGUUUAGGACUCCCUAAAGACUGAAGACGAUGGAGGAACAAGAGGAAGAGACGAUAGACCUCACAGGGCCAGAAGAAGUCGCGGAAGACGCCGAGUUUGCGUCAGAUGAAGAUUCGCUUCUUCCUCAAGCUGUGGUACAAGAUGGGGAGGGACGAAGAAGAAAGCAGCGGCCGUCCUCUAGAUCUGGACCUUUAUCUUGGCUGUCUCCCCGAUCUAAAUCAGCUGCUUCAAGACCACUACGUGGCGCUCAGCGUCCUCUGCGAAGGAAACUUUGGCAGUACGCGCCCAAGUGCAGCCGUGACAGAUGCUGCUUCCUGUUUGCCAUCUGCCUCACAAUCUUCAUCGUUCUCGUGACGUCUGCCAUCUACAUGAACUCCAAACACAAGUCUUCCUGUCCCUACAGCUUCCUCUUAGACACUUCGGAGAAAAAGAGUGCAAAGAAAGACCCUAUAGCCACAAAUGGAGAGAGAUUUCCAUGGGACGAUGUCCGUCUUCCGUCAACAAUCGUACCGAACUCGUACCUCCUCCACCUUCACCCGAAUCUCACCACGUUCAACUUCACAGGUCACGUGUCUAUAAACAUCAGCGUCGUGAAGAAAACGGACCUGGUGGUCUUUCACGUAAAGGAGCUGAACAUUACGCAGUCUUCAGUGAAAACGAUGAACAAUGUUUCGGUGCCGAUCGUAAAGGAGCUGGAGUAUACAGGAAACGAGCAGUACUGUUUACGACUCGGACAGGGACUUAGUGCAGGACAGAACUACACGAUAGUGGUCCACUUCAGUGGGGAACUGAAUGAUGGACUGUACGGCUUCUACAGAAGCACUUACACACUGAACAAGGGCAAGGAUGGUGAAGAAAGCAGGGUCCUUGCCACGACGCAGUUUGAAGCGGCCAAUGCUCGCGCUGCGUUUCCGUGCUUCGAUGAGCCGGCGCUGAAGGCGACCUUUCAACUCCACAUGGUCCGAGAGGGGAGGCAUUCUACUCUGUUUAACAUGCCCAAGGACCAUAUUGAGGACUUGCUGGGAGGUUUGAAGAUGGACGUGUUUAAGAAGUCGGUAGCGAUGAGCACGUAUCUUGUCUGUUUCAUCGUGUCCGACUUUCGAAGUAUGCAGCUCUCCACUGACACUAGCGACAUAACGGUGGCAGUCCACGCUCCUGAAGACCGUAUCAGCCAGGCAUCCUUUGCUCUCGAUGUGGCGAAGACCGUUCUAGAAUACUAUGAAACAUUCUUCGGGGUGAAGUACCCCCUGCCUAAAAUGGAUCUGGUGGCCAUCCCAGACUUCUCGUCGGGCGCGAUGGAGAACUGGGGCCUGGUGACGUACCGGGAGACCGCCAUCUUGUAUGACGCGGACAACUCUUCGGCCGGCGACAAGCAGUGGGUCGCCGUGGUGAUCGCUCACGAGUUCGCACAUCAGUGGUUUGGUAAUCUGGUGACCAUGAAGUGGUGGAAUGACCUCUGGCUCAACGAGGGCUUCGCCAGCUUUGUCGAGUUCAUCGGAGCAGACAAAGUCUCCCCCGAGUGGAAAAUGCUGGACCAGUUUGUUGUGAGUGACCUGCAGACUGCCCUGUCUGCCGACUCCCUCAGUAACUCCCACCCCAUCUCUGUCACUGUGCACCGCCCGGAGGAGGUGGAGGAAAUCUUCGACAGCAUUUCCUACGACAAGGGUGCAUCGAUUCUAAGGAUGCUUGAGUCGUUCCUUGGCAGGGAGACGUUCCUACAAGGCCUGACAUCUUACCUGAGGGAACACCAGUUUAAGAACGCUGCUACUGACGAUCUGUGGAAAGCUCUCGAUCAGGCUGCCCAUGGUGCUGGAAAAAGCAACAUCAACAUCAAACAGGUGAUGGACAGGUGGACCAAUCAGAUGGGUUAUCCCGUUGUCAUGGUAACGAGACAGAACAGCCACCUGGUCCUGACGCAGGACCGCUUCCUGCAGAUGCCCCCCUCCCCCGCGUGUGGGGGGGUGGUGGAGUUCACCUCCCCUUACAGGUAUGAAUGGAUCAUCCCUCUAACAUAUAUCACAUCAACCUCCCCCAAGGAACAACAGACUGUGUUCAUGGACACCACCCAGACCACACUUUCUCUGGACAACAACUCGCCAGAAUGGGUGAAGUUCAACGUCAACCAGACCGGCUUCUAUCGAGUCAACUACGACAACCAGAACUGGGACGCUUUUAUUCAUCAGCUGCAGAACAAUCAUGAGGCUCUAAACAGUGCUGACCGAGCAGGCUUGAUAGAUGACGCUUUCCACUUAAACAGGGCUGGCCUAUUUGGGUUGGAAAAGUCCCUGGAACUCGUAAAAUACCUGAAGAACGAAAGAGACUAUGUUCCCAUGGCGACAGCGUUAAGCGGGCUAGGUUACAUCACAAAACUACUGGAGACAGAAGACCAAGACCUGUACAACAACAUGAAGUUGUUUGUACUGGAACUCCUGGAGGAUACCAUUGGGGAGGUGGGCUGGGAGGACCAAGGAGACCAGCUGACAAAGUUUCUUCGGAGCACAGUUCUGGGAGCAGCCUGUGACUACGGCCACGAGCAGUCGACUCAGCAGGCUCACACUCUGUUUGCUAACUGGAUGAAGGGAACUCAGAAUGUGGCUGCUAACCUGAAGACUGUAGUAUACACCAGUGGUGUUCAGCAUGGUGGUGAGGAAGAGUGGAACUUCUGUUGGCAGCAGUACACCUCUGCCACAGUGGCCGCAGAGAAGAGGAAACUACUGUACGCACUCGCCAACACCAGGGACAACAAGCUAGUCACGAAACUGCUGCGUUACACUUUGGACAGUACCAAGAUCAGGUCUCAGGACACAGUCAGGACUAUCACCUACGUUUCCCGAACUGCGGUGGGAUACCAACUGGCCUGGAACUUUGUCAAAAGCAACUGGCAAACCUUCCUAGAUAGGUAUGGAAGUGGUUCGUUCAACAUGGCGGAACUGGCAAAGAUACCGGCACAUCGGUUCUCAACACGCAGACAACUGGAGGAGGUGAAAUCGUUCUUCCAGAGUCAUGAUAUCAGCGCGGCAGCCCGUGCCGCUAGACAGACCAUCGAAACCAUCCAAUCCAACAUCUUCUGGCUGGAGAAGAACAAGGACAAGGUCAAGACGUGGAUCAAGAACUACUUCAUGCCCCCCGAAGGAGGGAAAGCGAGAAGUUCUGAAAUCUGAAUAUCACAAAUUCAGAGAAUUCGUGAUGUAAAUAAUCAUGGAAAAUAUAAUUGCUAUACGUCUGCUUGUCUGAAUUGGUGGACAAGACUAAACUAAGAGUUUAUUUUAUUGACUUGGAAAAAGUGGCCUCACCGAGUUGUUUGUUUUUCUGCACUUUUGGGGUAUGGCCCCACGGGACUCCCGGGUUCUGCACCUGCAGAUGAUUCUUUUUGGGAAUGCCAGGCCCCCAUUUUUUUUUCGACUAGGAGUUAAAGUCAACCUGGGUUCCGGCACAACAAAAAAAAAAACAUGUAAAUUAUGAUAGAAUUGACAGCUCCUCUCCGGCGGGCCACCAUCCAGUUUUUUUUCAUCACUUAUCAGCCCUGCAAAUAAGGACAUUUUCCAGGUGACCACCUGAACACCCCAGGACCUCUAAUGUGCUUUAUAAUUAUGACUGUGACAGCCCGGGGCUACAGUCUGUAUGUGAGCUGAGCAUCAUGCCCGUAGCCAGGGGGGUGUUCGGGGGUUCCGGA